AUGGUUCUUCUUGCAGCCCCAUCCUCGAGCAGGAUCAAUAUUGUUGACUCCCGGCGAGUCAAUGGCGAUUCUCGUGCCAACCCUUCUGGAAGGGAUACGCGCCACGAGCAAUCUGCCCAACACCCUAAGGCUGACCCACGCUACGACGAGUCACGCUACACUAACUACAAGGAUUCCUACGUCUCUACGAUUGCUGCUGCUCGAGGUGGGCGGCCCAGCGAAAGUUUGCGUAAGAUCGACGAUCGACCACCUCGCUCUCAAAGUACUCGGCAGCCCAGCCGUCGCGAGUCUCAUUCAAAGGUGAGCCAAAUCUCUCGCCGUCGGGAGGAGUCUCGCCACACCGCCAUGGGAGAUCGGGAUCCUUACACCGCUGAUCAUCGUGGCGAGUCCCGACACACUACUCGUGACAGCCGUACUAAUGGCAGAUCCGUUCACCAGGAGGUCGCCCGCCGAGAUGAAGCUCCGUCUAGCACUCAAAUGGUCAGACAAUCAACCCGCGGCGACGAUUCUCGACACACUACUCGUAACCCCGGCCAGACCGAAGUCGGUAACGCGAUGCGGAGUGAGCUGGAUGCAGUCGUCCGCAAAGGUGAGACUCCAACCGUCAAGGACUCCACCCGCCGCCUGGAGCGUCGCAACUCUCGCUCCAUCGCCUCACGCAUCACUCAAGCCCUGAUGCCAGAUUGCCGCUCGAGAUCCAUCAGUAAUGCCAUGGGCGUCAUGCGCCUCAGCGACGACGGUGAGAGCACGGUCCGCCCUCGACAAAGGGUCAUGGCUUCGCGCUCUGAGCGCCGACCCAGUCGGUCCAGCGUCAGAGGAUUCGCCGAUAUGAUGGACGUCUCCAAUGCCGUGGCCGAGCGCUGCCUAACGAAGAUGCGUGGUGGCGACACCGACACGCGAACCUCGCGCCGCCAGUCUCGACCUGCCGCUUCAGGCAAUGACGAUGGCGACCUCAUCAAGAUCAGCGAGUCCGAGUGGCACCGCAUGCAAAAGAGUGCCGACGCUGUGCAAUACAACGAGGACGGGAGUAGGCGCGAGGUGGGUGCCAUCACCAAGGGUGGGUUCAGAUACCGUGCCGUUGGUGGCGGUUACUACGGGUCCGACUCGGAGUAG